GUUUGGAGUACAUCCGCUCAGAGUGGCCGCGAAGCGCUCACGGUGACGACGUUCUAGCGACACGCUCCAUACAUGCAGUUAAAUACGAUAACAACAAUUUGUAUUCACUGUGAUCGUUUAUCUAAAAUGGAUUGCGGCGACCUAACUUAAGUGCAAUAGUUUGUGAUAAGUGCUGAACAAAACCAACCCGCAAAGGGAAUAAAAUGUAAACAGACACCUUAUAUCUGAUAUUAUCAUCAGCUAUUUUGUGAAACAGUGGUUUGUUGUUUUUGUUGUGCUUACAAAUGAAUAUGGAAACAAGACAUUACUGGGAGGAGAACGGGCAUUCCGUCAAAUAUGACAAUUAUAAUUCUAACGACGGUUUCGGCCGUGUUGCUGGCGAGCAGCUUAACUUCGCCGCGCCAUCGGAAGACGAGGCGGAGUACCCGCCCGGAGCCUACUUGAAGAAGGGGAAGCAAGACCCGAUGUCGCACCGGAUCAUAGAGAAGCGUCGCCGGGACCGAAUGAACAACUGCCUGGCAGACCUGUCGCGGCUCAUUCCGCCCGAGUACCUGAAGAAAGGCCGCGGCAGGGUCGAGAAGACAGAAAUCAUCGAGAUGGCCAUACGCCACCUGAAGUACCUGCAGGAACGCGCGAACGGUUCGUACGGAAAGCGCGCUUAUUUGGUAAAAUCAGUUAGUUAUAAUUGGAAAACAACAGGAAAGGUACUUUUGGAUUAAGCUCCAACCCGUCAGAUCUUUGAUUCCGUUCUGUGAAUGACGAAAAAAGUCGUACGUAUCCAUAUGCUAUCUCCAACGCCAUCCAUCGUUGGAUCCAACGUUGGCCACAUUCGGCGCUAUGCUACCACUAUUUUCUAACAUUUGACGUCAUAGAUAGGAAUUGAUCGAUCUAAUUGGUUGGAGUGUUUGAAAUUUAAUACAAAUUGUAUACGGGCUUGGUUUUGCGAAGGACCGAAACGGCAAAGAAAUGUCGCAGAUUCAAGCCCUAGUUGUUUUUUAUUUUAUUUUUCAAUUAUUUCUAACAUAGUCUUGUAUUUGCCGAGGCACACAACUAUUCCAGUUUAACAUUAAGAGUAACAUUAUAAUGAGGGUCAAAACAUAUUAUACUCCGACUCUUGUUGCUGCCUGGUGAAUAAAAGACUUUUUAUAUUUCACUUACAAACAACAAAUGAGUAUUUAAAUCAUUUCUUGUUGCCCCACACCCGAAACUUUUAGUUUUUGUACAGUACUCACUGGAAGUCUGCAGUAAAAUUAAAAUUCUUUUACAAAAUCCUAAAUAUUCCGAUUUUUUAAAAUCACUCUCGUUAGGUAACGUUUACGUUAUAGGUUGCCGGUUCAAACUUCUUACGACAUGGUUUUCUUCAGAAGCUUUCAAAUGUUUUAAGAUUGAUGUCAGAAUACAAAGGAAAUAAGCAAGCUAGCUACAUAAAUCCUUUAAAAUAAUAACACUAUAUCGUAUUCCUGCAUGAUCUCUGAAUAUUUAAAGUUAUACUCGUUUAACAAGAGCAUUAAAUAUGUAUCAAUCGCAAACAGAAAAGAAACUGUUUUGUGAACUAAAAAAGAAUAUAAAUCAUAACUAAUACCUAUUUGGAAAAACAUUUAUUUAGUAGGGCAUCAACGACAUAUAUCAGUAUCUAUAAAAUCCGGCUUUGGAUGGAUUAUUAAAUUCGAAAAGUAUUAAAAGAUCUUAACUAUAUCUUAGCAGAGUUAAUAAUUAGCUACUUACAUUGAGCCAGUUUUAAAAGAGAGUUACGUUUUACGCGGACCAUUCAUUUCAAAUUUUGAGGCAUUUCAAGCUAGUAGCGUAACAAAGUUUUUGUAUCACGUUUAAAUGUAAAGUAAACAAAACUUAUUCAUUAAUAUUGUUAAGUGUAGUCACGUGGCGGUUUGCGUCACCGCGUAAUAAAAGUAGCUAGACACAUUAGUAUUUCAAGUUGUCAUGAAUAAAUCAAUUUUAAACAAGUGAAAGCAAAUUAUACAUAAUUUCAUUAUCAAGGUAAAGCUUCCUAAGCGUCUUAAAUUAAAAAAUCUGACUCAAAAAUUCUCAAAAACUAUUUUAAUUGAUGCCCGAUGAUUUCUCAUCACAUUUCAUCCUUCGCGCGUAAACCAUACCAACCUCAGAACGUAGAUAUUUUUUAAUAAUCAAAGGCAUAUUCAAAUGAGAAAUUUGUCCUCAUGAAUUUACAAAAACAUUAUUUCACGUGGUUUAUGCCCGAAUAACAUUUACAACAUGAAAAUCGCAGCACCGGAUCACCAAUCCAUUAAAAGCCCCAUCUGACUAAAACAUCGCAUCUCACUAUCACCAUUAAGGUUUAAAGAAACACGCUUAUUAUUUAACACUGAAGAACGCUAAUGUUGUUGGGAGUUCCCGCCGGAAGAUGUUCCAUCUUCGCGUGGGGUUCUGUUGUAGCUGCUGACCGAGGAGUGGGGGAGGAGCACUUCAGGGCUGGCUACCAGGACGCGGUGGCCGAGGUCAUGCGCUUCCUAGUCGAGGUGCACGGUUACGGGCCAGGAGACGGCCUGUGUGUGCAACUAGCCGCGCAUAUGCAGAGGCACUGCGAGGCCGUUGCUAAAGGUGAACCCUUACCGCGCGACAAGCAGCGUUCACACCCUGGCUCUUCCUCGGAAACGGCGAGUUCGUCAAGUAGUUCGCACGGCUACACUAUGAAGCCCGGAGUGAUCGCGCAGGCGCCGCCCCCCGCGCCGCCUCCCUUCGCCCCUGAACCCUACGAGGAGCGCCCCCAAGAACACCCAUACUCCAUGGAAUGUGAUCGAGUAUCAGUGGCACCGACACCCAUGGCAGGAGAAGGAGAAAGUUUACCAGAAUCGGAGCCUCUACCGCUGGACGGGCGACGCAAGCGAGGCGAGCCGACCCUACGAGCCGUGAGGAAACCGGACCACACCGAAGAUUACCUGCAUUCCUACAAGUUCAAAAACUCCAUUGAAAGACGAUUUUCACGAUCACAAGACACAGAGGCGGCGGAUAUGUUGGCCCGCACUGCGCACGCGCACGGUAAAGUGUACUCGCACAAGCGGCGACGCGCCACGAAGCCGGCGCCGUCCACGUCCACGUCCAACUCCGGCUCCACGGAGGACGCUAGGGACACCUCGCCACAGGAUACAUCGAGUGAAUCACCUCAUCACCAUCAUUAUGACAAACCACCUCCUCCGGCGCAGUACGUCCCAGUUUUCGCGUUGAAUGCUCUUGGAAAAUAUUACGUUCCGCUAAGUGUGGACUACGCGUGCCUUCAAAGGCACCUUGGUCCUUACGACGUGCUGGACGCUCGGGCAGUUCACCUGGCAGCUCCGCUGCACCCAGUGACGAUCCACGUCAACUUUCAGCCCUGUCUCAAUUACCACGUCAAGCGGGAACCCAACGAGCGAGACCAAUGGCGAGCUGUAUAAGUGAGACACUUACCCAGUGCCUAAAUCUGAGCUACGGUCGCCAUAUUUACAGUAACGGCGCCAAAAUUUGAACAUGACAGCUAAUAUUUUUAAAAUAUUUCAAUCCUAAAAAUGAGCCUUAUAGCGAAGCUAUUUUUCGGAAUACAUAUAUUUUUCUAUCAAAUGAAAUAACAGAUAUUUUUGAGAUCACGUAUUUGUAAUAAACAUAGAGUCAACCUUUUUACAUCUAAAGAUCCGCUGCAAACAUUUAUGAAAUGCGCGAAAAAGGUGUAAUUCGUUGAAAAGACAACAACGAUUGGCCAAAAUAACCGUGAAAAGUUAUCUUAUCGAUUUUAGAAAUGUUAGUUCAGCUGUGUUUUGUAUAAGUGUUAUCAGUCUCUCCAGCUGUUCUAGUCAAAUGUGAGUCAAAUCCAAAAUUAAGUGCAAUGUGGAACGUUGCAAAUGUAAAUAUUUACAUAUAACAACAAAUCUUCAAAUUUUGGUAAAAAAUAGUUUAUUCUGUGGGCAAAUCCUGAAGACAUUAUUAAUUGUAAGUUUUAAGCUAUGAACACAUUUUGCCCACAGUUUCCACGGCGGCGUACUGUGAAUUUAUUUGAAGGACUAAUAAUGGUGUGGACAAUGUUUUCAGUGUUCUUAGUUACGGCUGUGAUAUGUAAAGAGUAGUCAAAAUAUAGCUGACAGCUGUGGUGCAUUAUUAACAGUAAAGGAGGGUGGUUCGACAUUUGAUACUUGCUAUAUUAGUAUAACAGUACAGUAUAAAAUUAGAAUUAAAAUAAUGGGAAUGAUGUGUCAGUGACUAAAUCAUUCUUGUUUUACUUUUGUAUAUAUUAUGUUAAAAUAUUGUGCUGCUGUAUCAAUGCAGAAACAUCCUUGUACCAACUGAUGAUAACUCUCCUCAGAGAUCAGACGUUACUAAUAAUUUGAAACACUAUUUUAAGCUGAUUCAAGGCCUAAGAAAUUUAUUUUGUAAGACAUGUUUUCCCACCAAAUUCCCAUAGCCCUGAUAUGCGCUUCAUCCAUAAUGCAUUAAGCAUGUAAAGGAGCUGCUAAAUAUUGUUUCAAAUAUUUUUAAUUUUACUUAGUGUUUGGAGGUAGUGGUGGAGUGUGGUGUCUACUUGAGGACAAGAUAAAGACUGAGGUUUUUAUUUAGCGGUAAAGUUAUCAUUGUUUUACAUUGGAUUCUCACUCAAAAUAUUAUUUACCGCAGGUUAGAGUUCAAUGUGCAAAGAAGUGUCAAAUUUUACGUAAAUUUAGUUCUAAAUAUAAUUUAAAAUAGUCUGUUAAAUGUAUACUUUAUUAUAUUUUGUAAAUACAUUAAACUUGUUUAAGUAAUAAAUGUUAUAAAUACUUGACAGAGUUGUGUUUAUUAUUUGUUUCAGUUGAGUAUUAACACAUUGUGUGAUGAGACAUGGAUUAAAGGAAAGGCACUACAUUCAAACGAAGAUUUUAUGUAAUUAAUUAUCAUAACAUCUUUUAUUCUCUAGUAUUAUUUUAAAUUUUACAUGCUUAGUUAAAACAUUGAGAAAGAAAUAAUAAUAUUUAACAUCUGGAUAAUAUACAGCUUUCUAUUUACGAUCCACUUAGCGUUAAAAAAUUAUAUUAAUAUAUAUUGCAAAAUAUUCCAUUGUUACAUCGAAUACCUUACAUGAAACAUAUCCAACGGGGGAGCGGGACAAGCCGAAGGUGGGUGCGAUCACAAGGAGUGGGAAGUACCAAUAAACUAGCUUCAUAAUAUGGCAAACGAUAGAGAGUGCGCUUUUUGUUCACCAUAACAAAAUAUAGCUUUCACUUAACAUUAACUAUUAUAAUAUAUACAAAGACGCUUCUCUACGGGUUGAUAUAAUUAAGAAAUUUUUAUCACAAAGAUUUUCAUCUAAUAUACUACAGAAACAUUAAAAUGUUGGACUGCGUUUUGUUGCCUGUACACAAUUCUAUGUACAUUUUACUGGGCUGCCGUCGGGUGAACAUUAAAACUACAAAUAUGUCAAAUUCUACAUAAAGUUCCUACUUUAGUUUAAUUUGUAACGCGAGAUAAAGAAGACUAGUUGGAAGUACUAUUUGCUUUAGAGUACGCACACCAAAACGCAUUCCGACAGUAGAUAUUAAGCAAUUAAUUUACAUUUUAUAAACCAGAUCGAAAUAUUUACAAAUCUAUUAGACAGACACCGACACUGUGGCUCCAGUCGGGCUGAGAAAAUGCUGAAACAUUUCAUAAUAAAUCUACAUUUGAUUCAAUAAAAAAAAAUCAUAAAAAUCUUCCUACAAUAUUCUUUUUAUACAAUACAAAAAUAAUAAAAUCAUGGAUUAAAUAAAGCUGUUAAAAUAUAUUUUCUGUGUGUUAACAACUAUGUGUAUUUGCCUUCGAGGCGUAUUAUUGCAACGUAUUUCACUAGAAUCUAAUAUUUUAAGAUUAUGCGUAAAACACUUAAUUUUUAAGUGGUAGCUUAGUGACGGCCCGACAUCGCGGGUAAGUAAAUAAAGGAAGUGCAACUAUAUAGACUUUCUAAAUGGCUGCACGAAAUAGGAAAUUAUUAGUUGUAAUAAAUGACAACUUCGAUAUGUACUUUUAGACACACGCCUCACAUGGGUUUAAUGAAAUAUAAUAAAUAAAAAUUUAAUCAUAAUCGAACAUUUCAUCGUGAAUUAAUUAAGUCACCGGAAUUGCUAGUUGACAAAUAAAUAGUACAUAUUGUAUGUAAUUGACACGCAAUAAGCAGCAACUUUCGCUAGACAUUAUUUGACAGACCUCAAAAAGCACACAAUCUAAUUACAAAAAGGGUUCCCUAUAAAAACCAAUUUCCUGGAACCCACAAUAGAAAAUUUGAGCAACAAUUUGGAUGAAACGUCAGACACUGGGCUUAUAAACGUAGUUUGACUACAUAGAUUUUAAUCCUAAAUUGCAACAAUAUUCACAGUUCGAUUUACCUAAGUAGUGGAAUCCACUAAUAAAAUAGAAACACCGACAAGUAAUUACCACUAUCAAAAUACCAGCGCCUAUAAUUUAAAAAGAGAAGCACGAAAUAUAAAUACGAAGAAUUUCUUUUACAAAGAAUUAUUGCAUUCGGUUAAUUAUUGCAACCUUGGUCACAGGCGAAAUUAUAGUAGAAAUGUUUAGAUGAAGCAAAUUAUCAAUUGUACAUGUAACAUUCGUUUCAAUACUCACAGAGUACCUACUCAAUUACACUAAAUAUUUAGUUAUUAAUUAGACUAAACGUGUAACACCUGUUUAGGCAACAAUCGCACUGGGAAUAUUAGGAAGCAAGUUCCGACUGCAUUCAGUCACAUCAGUGCUAAAUGUCGCGUACAAGCAGAGAUGUAAACUAAAACUAGACCUACCUAAAUAUAACAAACAGAAUAUUUUGCAAGUGCCUGGUCAAAGCUUCCUUAGAUCACUGGGUGCUUCUGUGAUAAACACUAUUUUAGCCCGAGGUUAUUCACAACAUCGAUUCGUUGUUAUUAUAGAAGUAUAUACAAGCGGCAACACAUUAACAAUUGUAAAUAUAACGGCACUCUUACAGCAAUAAACAAAAUAUCGCAGUGUUUUCAGUGUUCAACUCUGCAGUUUAGUUCUUACAAAAUAACGUAAGGUUUGUAGAGUAAAUCAUCUAAACUGCAGAGUUUAAAAAUUAUGGUUUACAUUUGUUAAUAUCAUGCGGUGUACGCAGCGUGUUACAAACAGCUGGCUCGCCUAUGACACGGAACAACACAAAACAAUGUACACGGUACAUAUUUCAUCUGAACCUCCGCACUUUGUAUUGUAACACACUGCAAGUCCGGGUUCCGGUAUAAGGAUAUAAUUAACGAAGAGCACACAGUACUAACAAGUAAUCAGUACUAUUUAUAAACUGCUUUCAUGUAUUAAUUUGCUGUAUCAAACAGAACAGGUAUAAUUCUAAGGGUAGUAGUACUAGUGUGAUUGCAAUUUAUAUCAGUCAAAUUCACGACCUCGUUUAUCCAAUUUGGAUGCAAAAGCCACGUUAAACUAAAACAUCGGUCACGACACCACUUGGCAACGCUGCAAUAUUAAACAAUUUAUAUUUUACUAUGAACAAAACCGUCCACAUAUAAUACUUGAAACAUAACCAAUAAAUAUUUACUUUCGAUCUAUGCAGAGAAAUGGUGCCGGGUGGUGUCGCGGACAAUGCAUCGAGCACUAUUACCCAGCUGCCUCAACAUUCGUCCUUGUGAUGAUGGACCAAAGAAAUAAAUCUUUGCACAAUACACUCUACUUAAAUUAUAACACAGAUUUAACCUCUACAAAUGGCUAAUGCGAGAAUGCGUAUCUGUAUUGAAACGACUCUAAAUUACACGUGAAACCUCUAACACUAACAAGAGACCUAGAACUAGGACGAGCCCUCGGACCCCCUAUAUAUGCUAGAAAACAUAAAACAAAUAAUAAAAACAACUAUAAUUUACUUAAACAUUAUGCGUACAAAAAUCCUAGCCGUCAUUCCCUAAACGCACUAUCGAAUAAAUCGAUAAUAAAUAAAUAUAUCAAUAAGAUACAUAAACAUUGUACAUAUAUAAAAAAUCUUUCAUACCAUUAUACAUAGAUACGUUACCCAGUAGGUUCCCUAUAAUAUAUCUUAACUCUCCUAUAUACAAUAUGUACAAAGGGAAAUAAAAACAAUUUGUACUUGCAGAAAACCGUGGAAAAUAAAAACGUAGAAGUAAAACGGAAAUAUACAAUACGCGCGCAUCGCAUACAACGUACACUCUUAGAAAAGUUCCUUUAUACUAGUUAUUAUAUAAUACAGGCGACGGGUGUGACUCCGUCUGAGAUUUACAAAAAUAAUGUCUUAUAGUGAGCUCACAGCCCACAGCCCACUACCUGUCGCACCGCUUCGCACCGCCCGCGCCAUCUGCCGGACAAAGCAUACCAGCGGUUAGAAAUGACAACGCUAUACUUGCAUUAAUAUUUUAUUCAACGUGCCAACAUAAAUAUACCUGUAUUAUGUACAAAAUAUAUAACCUAUAUAAAUUAAAUUGUUAAAGACCAAACAAUACCUAAGUUCAAGUAUUAUCAACUUGUUAAAUAAAAUCCGUUUAUGUUAAGGUUUAACCGAACGUCAAGGACGCGGCAAGGACACGUAAUAAUUAGUAAAGAUACGUGUAGCGAGCAUUACCUAAAGCUAGGAUUAUUUUGAGUAUAUAAUAGUUAAAAAAUUCUUAUGAUCUAUUUAUCCUCUCCUACCCAACUUUAACCCUUUCACUCCCGUUUUGUACCCAUAAGCUGUGCUAUACGUAUUGCUAUUCCACUGGUCUUCUUGACAGUCAGAUGAAGCAGGAGUGAUUCGUGGGGUCCCCCUAUUUGACGCUGUAUGAUUCCGCCCCGAGUGGGCGGCGGGUUUGUCAGUGCAAUCCCCCAAACUGUCAGUGCCAUGUCCCUUAAUGUUGUUAUGUCUCCAAGUGGCCAUACCGGUGUUUUCGGUAGGUGGUCUAGUCUCUUCAUCAUCAGGUAAGGCAAGACCAAACUCCCGUCGUAACCGCAAGCUUAGGUUUUCCCUUUGGCGCUCUGUGGCUGUCGGCUGAGCGUCAAACACACCUGUGAAAAC